AUGAAGAACGAAGUAAGAAAAUUAGUUUCUCGUUGGAUACCCCACCUGUUGACUGAAGAUCAGAAAGCAGCCAGGGUUAAUUGGUGUCAAAAAACGCUUGACCGUUUCAAUUCCGGAAACUCAAAAAAUGUGUACAGCAUUAUUAGUGAAGAAAAGCCAACAAAAGUCAUCCGUUCUCGAAGUGUUUCGAAAAAGAUGGUCGCGACAGUUGUGUCAAAAGCGGUUCAUAUUGCAACUUUUUCUCUUAAUGAGCAAAUAACUGUUACUGCGGAUUGGUAUACCACCAUUUGUUUGCCAAAAGUCAUCACCGAGCUUCGAAAAAUCAACCCCGAAAGAAGAAUUAUCCUCCACCAAGAUAACGCAAGCUCGCACACAGCCCAAAAAACAAGGCAGUAUUUAACGGAAGAAAACGUAGAAUUAUUGGACCAUCCUCCAUAUAGUCCCGAUCUAAGUCAUAACGAUUUCUUUACUUUCCCGAAAAUUAAAAACAGACUGCGUGAAGAAGCAGUUGACGCAUUCAAAAAUGCCGUUUUGGAUCUGCCAGCAAACGAGUGGAAUAAGUGCUUCGAAAGUUGGUUCGAGCGCAUGCAGAUGUGUAUUAAUGUUCGUGGAGAAUACUUCGAAAAACGAUAA